ACACAAUGUAUCUAGAUAUAAACAUCCACUGGAGAUAUUAAAAUAAUGCUAUAUAAAUACAGCUAUGAAACAGCAAUCACCACACUUACUCUUCACUCCGGACCGGGUUAAAUUAAAUCAUACUGACAAAGGCGAAGCCAGAAAACCAUGAAGUUUCUUGCAGUUCUUGCAUUGGCUGUUUUUACAGUUUGCCAAGCCAAUUUAUCUAAUGCAGAGAAACCCAAUCCACAUCUUGAACACUUAAUAAAUGCAUUCUGGAACUAUAUUGCUCGAGCUGUACAUCCCACUGACGAAACAUCCAAUGUGAUAAGUACAUCCCAGCAGGGACAAGAAGUCAAACUAACACAGACUCCUCCAUCUGAAGAUCAGAUGACCAAAGUCACCAAGGAGGCUGAAGUGUUGAGGGAGCGUUUGGAAAAGGAUGUGAACAUCAUAAGAGACAAACUGGAGCCCUAUGCUGACAACCUCAAGAGCCAGAUCCAGCAGAGAGCGGAGGACCUCAGGACAGCCAUGGGUCCAUAUGCUGACUCCCUGGACUCUGAGACCCUGAAGUCCACGCUGCUCCAGAAGAGCGAGGAGCUGAGAGGAAACCUGGAGCAGAGCAUGAAGGAGCUGCAGGCUCAUCUGGAGCCCUACACUGAUGAGCUCAAGGAUAAUGUGGGCCAAUAUCUGCAGGAAAUGCAAAAAUAUUUUGCUGCAUCACCUGAUGAUCUCCAGGCCUACAUUUAAUCUGCAGAGUUACUUUGGAGUUCUUUUUCAUAUUUCUAUAUUACAUUGUGAUGUUUUUAGUUUUUUUUUCUUCUUGUUAUUACAACAAUAAACAUCUGCCAUCUAUUAUCAUUUGUCACUGAUACAUAAGACUGCAUGUCCAAUUUAGAAAAAACAUAGGAGUUUAUUAUGCCAGACUAUGCGAUGAAGACUUAUUAUUGAAUUAUGCACAUUAAUAAAUCUAUGAUAAAAAGAACUGUUAAAUUUAGCACAUCAUAUAUUUGAGGAGGCACAUUAAGGUUUCUUGAGAUCCUUUAAUAAUUUAGACUCUAACAAUAUUUUAGCUAAAUUUGAAAGAUUUUCUACAAUUGCUUCAUUUGAGUUUGAUUUUUCACUUCAGGCUUGAUUUGUGCACUCAUCUCCCUUAACCUCAAUGUUUUGAGAAUUCAUAAUAGAAUCAAUUAUGUAUAAAUUAAUUUAAUAAUUAAAUAAAUAAAAGGAUCACUAACCCAUAUGACUUCAUAAGCAGUGACGGUGCUCUCUAGUGGUGAAAAAAAAUGCAGUUUCAUUUCUAAUAAGGCAAAAGACCUACUAUAAAUUGUGUCAUACAAAGA